AUGGCUUGGGCAGACAACUCGCCACCUCGCUGGGGGUGGGUGACCCUGGGUCUACUCGUGCUGUUGCUCGGUCUGGCCUGCUGUAGCAGUCACGAAGUGACGGAUUGCGCAGCCGAGGACGGCGGCGUCUGUGGCGUCUGCGGUCCCAUCCAAGACUGCUCCUGCACCGUUGAGGUUGUGAAUGCGUGGAACCGGCGCAUCUUUCACCCGCAGCUGCGCGAGCUGGUGCAACGACCUUUUUUCCGCUAUUUUCAGACCAAUCUGGAUGCCACCUGCCCACUUUGGGACGACAGCCAGGAUCUGUGCAGCUCUCUCAGCUGUGCCAUCUCCACUUGCCAAGCUACCGAGCUGCCAGAGGCCGUCCCCCGGGAUCCCCACGUCACUCACGUGGUCAAUGCUCGCUGCGUCGAGAUGAACAAUGUCUCCCAGACGUUGGACCCCAAUCUUGCUGAGCCAACGCCUCACCAGGAUGCCUUUGACUUUUGUCUCCGCGACGAGUUUGAGCUUGGCGCCGGACAACUCGAGUACAUUGAUCUCUUGGCCAAUCCUGAGGGCUACACGGGCUUUAGCGGACCCGCCGCCCAUCGAAUUUGGAAUGAAAUCUAUGACAGCAACUGCUUCAUCAAGCAGCGUCCUACUGCCGCUCUCCCCGCCGAUUUCUUUG